AUGUUAGAUCACACCAGGCUGACGACCAAGUUAACGACGAGCUAUAAUGCGGAAGAAAAAAUCUGGUCAGGUGCCGGAACUCAAAGUUCUUACAACGACGAUUUAACAAUUGCCCAGCUUAUAUUUAAUCAGCUGCAAAGUGAGCCUGAGAAAGUGUUUCAAAUUUCCAUCGCCGAAAAUACGCAACUGACUCGCGGUCAAAUGCUCGAGAAUGCAACGAAAAUAAGUGCAUAUUUACGUCAAGAAGGACUCAUCGAGGAGUCGCAUAACGUGGGCAUCUUGGCAAGAAAUACAACACAUUUGGCUGCAUUGGCCUAUGGCUGCUUAUUCAAUGGAACGCCCUUUAGUGCUGCUAAUCCCAACAUGGACGAACCUAAAAUUCUUGAUUUGUUUAACCUUAUUAAACCACAAAUUAUUUUCUGCGUUGCUGAAGACUGUGGGAAGGCUACAAGUGUAGCGAAUUCAUUGGGAGCAAAGAUAAUAACUAUCGAUAGAAGUAUCACAGGUGUAACAAGCAUUGCUGACAUAUUAACAACUCCAUUAGAAAAGGAUUACAAGCCAGAAUGCUUUCGAAGGAGCAGAGAUAGCACGAUAGCUAUACUUCACACCUCUGGCUCAACGGGCACGCCAAAAGCAGUGACGAUACCCAAUAAUCCCAUUUUAUUUGAAGCCUUCAGCUAUCUUGGUGUAAAUGAUGUGCAAUAUACACCAAGUUCACUGGAUUGGGUUUCUGGAUUAAUUAAGCUGAUCACGUCGGGUAUUAAUGGCACAUUGAGUCUAAUUUCCGAGGAGCCAUUUAGUCCUGCACAUUUUUGGACUAUAUGUGAAAACUAUAACAUCAGCUGGGCUAUGUUGGGUGUCUCGCAAGUGGCCUUGCUAGUCAAUAGUCCUGAGAUUAAUGCCAACCAGUUAAAAAGCAUACGAUAUUUGAUCAUCGUUGGUGGUCGCAUACAACCAAAGACUGUGGCGACGAUGGAGUCCUAUUUACCAGGCAAAGGCAUCCAGUGUAUGGCAUAUGGCAUGACGGAGAUGGUUACGCCUUUGGCUAACAACUUCAGCACUCACACGAAGCCCACUUCGGUGGGUCGCCUCUUGCCCAUUAUUCGCAUGCGUGCUGUGGAUGAAAAUGGAAAGAACUUGGGACCCAAUGAGGUGGGAGAGAUCUACAUUGAUCAUGGACAGCAUUGGAGUGGCUACUAUCAAAAUGCUGUGGCUACAAAUGAGAUGAGAGACAUUGAAGGUUGGUUUCACACCGGUGAUUUAGGUUACUUCGAUGAGGAUAACUAUCUGUAUGUGGUGGAUCGCAAAAAGGAUCUUCUUAAGUAUAUGCGAAUGAGUUACUAUCCAAAUGAGAUAGAGGAGGUAAUUGCACAAAUGCCCGAAGUGGCAGAAGUCUGUGUAUUUGGCAUUUGGAGUGAACUUAAAGGCGAUGCUGCUACUGCCUCAAUUGUAAUUAGAGAAGGUAGCACAUUAAAGUCCACUCAAGUAGUUGACUUUGUGGCCAGCAAAAUCAGCGCAAGCUAUAAACAUCUGCAUGGCGGAGUACAGUUUGUAUCCAAUUUAGCUAGAAGUCCCAAUGGCAAAGUAAAUCGACGAGCUGUAAAAGAAGCCUUUCUAAAGGCUAACCAAAUAGAAGAAAAAUAA